AUGGAGGAUCUCGAAGAUGAAUUGGAUCUUCGCUAUCACAAAGGCCUUGAACCAGAUGUCUACUACCGCUGCCCCACCCUUGAAUCUCUCCAUGACGCCCUACGCAACGAGCUCGCGAAGAGCGCAUCCACUACUCUCAUUCCAACUGCAAUCGUGACCGAGUUCAUCCUUGCAAACGCCUCCACCCUUACCAUUCCCGUGACCCAGCAAACCAACCUGGAUGCCCUGAUCGAGCCUGCCGACUUUGCACAAACCAUCACCGCCGAACAUGCGCUUUGUUGUGCUUUCGAGAGCAAAGACCGGCUCAAGCCUCAGCGAGCGAUAGCCAGAUCAAUCAUCGAUGCCAUUGAGCAUGCCGAUGGUUUCAAGUACAAAGAGCGCUCGGUUUCCAACACAAAAUCUGGCGACGGUGCCCGGUUCAGGUAUGUGUGCAGAAACAGCCCCCAAAGUCUUCCUCGUCGAAAGAAGUCGCAGGAGAGCGAAGAGAGCGAUGGGGAUGCAACGGCCAAGGAUGCACGGCCAACCUAUGACUGUGGGGGUGCCAUACAUAUCAAGUUCUCCAUCAAGAGACAAGCCAUCAACGUCGUCUACAAACACAACCCGAUCCAUACGCAUGCGGAAGAAAUGGACAGCGUUCCUGCUGUGCCAACAACCAAUGGCGCCAAUCAUCAACCUCCUGCAGCAGAUGCCACCACCAAUGGGUCGAAAAAGCGAAAGCGGACGAACAAGCAAAAAGAGCCCGUUGCAGUGAUGGAUGAGUACCAUGAACCGGAUAUGAAUAUGUCGACGUCCCGUGAAGCACCACAAUCAUCCAUCAAAAGCUCACGCAAGAAGAACGGUGUUUCUGCACCCACUGACAGCCCGAGAAAAACAUCGUCAAAGAAAGGCAGUAGGCCGAAAGAGGUUGUCUCGCCCUCGACUUCCCGCAAAAGAGCCGCCCAAACAGCAUCAGUGCCCCCAGCGAGGCUUUCCCGAAACAAGGCCUGCCUACGUUGUCGUGAGAAGAAGAUCAAAUGUAACGAAGCCACGCCCUCCUGCAAUCAAUGUCAGCGAGGUCUUUGGACGUGCCAGUACAUGGCAGUGGGCAAUUCAAAACGCUCCAAGAACGGCUGUAUCAAUUGUAAGCAGCGUGGAAGGAAAUGCACAGAGGAGAAGCCCUCUUGUGCAUACUGUUUGCGAAUCGAUGAUGACUGCGCAUAUGCCGAGUAUUCAUAA